AUGCAAACUUCGUCAGCACAUGCAGCGGACACGGACUAUCUCGUCCGUCAAUCUAUGGCCACUGGCUACCAAUGGUCUUCUCUUCUUGUACCUCCAGCUUACAUCGGGUACAUUAUCGCAAGGAAAGGCAAGCGUAGCCUCUCUUUGAACAAAAUACUUCGAACAACAUGGGUUGGCGGUUUAGGCGGUGCUGCCGUUGCUGGCAGCGGGUCGUAUGUUCGCUAUGCAUACUCGAGUGAGGACUCUGUGAGGAUGAAACGAAUAGAAACGACAUAUAAUACUGAUCUCCUGCGGAGGAACGACCAUUCGACAAUUGGCGGUAUUCUGGCUGCAGUGCUUACCCCGGCGAUCCUCUGGAAACGAGCGAGCGCGAUCAACCUCAUUCUUGGAGGUGCUGGACUGGGAAGUGGUGUUGGAAUGUUAAGUCAUUACUUCCGGUCGCUCACAGGAGAUCCUCCUCCGAAAGUGGAGAUAAACCUCACAACAUCUCAUUGA